AUGUCCGCCAUUCCCGACUCCGAAACCACCAGCAUUGGUGUCGACCAAUCUCCCAUCUCGCCUAUCGAGCGACGCAACUCCCUCGAAAAGCACCUACAACACCGUCCUGACGCCCAGGACCUAAAGAAUCGCCACAUUCUGCUCGACUCAUCCGCUGCACCGUCUCUUCAAGCCAAACAAGUCGAACUCGAGCGAGCUCAAGCCACUGAUAGUCUCAGGAAGCACCUCGAGAAGCGACCAGAGAAAGAUGAGCUGAUUGAGCGAAACAUCCUCCCCGAAAGCACUGCGGCGCCAGGAAUUCAAGCGAGCCAGAAGAGUCUUGAGAAGCAUAUGAGGGCAGACAGCCUCGAUCAAAAGCUACAGCGCCGCCCAACUGCCGACCAGCUCGUGAAGGAGGGCAUUCUGGAAGAGAACGAGGUGCCCGUCCAGCCUCAGUGA